CAUGAUGCGAAGAGAGAGAGAGCAAGAGAGUGAGUGAGUGAGAAAGAGAGAGAUCCUCUUUUAAAGUUUUACCGUUGCCUGGCAGGUCACCACAACAGAGAGACCAGUCUGACAGUAGAAGAGAAAGGAGAGGCAAGAUCAAGAGGGGAAACUAAGAGAAGAUGCAGUUUUAUACAAAGAGGCAUUGAUAAUCUGACAGAAGUGACGUGGAAAGUAGCCACUUUGCUUUUUCAUAGAUAUUAACUUAUGCAGUUAGAUCUAUUUUUUUUUUUCAAUUUCCAGUUUGUAAGGCUUGAAAAUUGUUCAAGUUGGACCAAAGAAGAGAGCAUCAGACGAUCUGAAUGUUGAAAUAUUCUCAAGUUGUUGUGACUUUUUAAACACUCGUCUGGACAUUGCUUUCCUCAUCACCAUGAGAGCCACGUGGACUGUUUUGAUACUGGCUUUGAUCCUUUCUCUUCUCACUGUCCAAACACAAACAUCCUGCUCUAUAGGGUUCAUAUCGAUUGACCACAACUGUGUUGAUGUCAAUGAGUGUGAAGAACCUGAAUACUGUGGAAACUAUACAAACUGUUUCAACACAAAUGGCAGCUACUACUGCCAGUGCAAGGAAGGUUUCAGGUCAAAAGUUGUGAAUUUUACUGCUGCUGCUUUCACAUGCACAGAUAUCAAUGAGUGUUCUGACAACAAAGACAUCUGUGGACCUAAUGCCUCUUGUCAAAACACAAUGUCCAACUACACCUGCAGCUGUAAAAAUGGAUUUGCCUCUUCUACUGGAGUGGAAAUAUUUCAUGGCCAUGACAACGUCACAUGCAGAGAUACAGAUGAAUGUAAAAAUGAAAAUGUUUGUGGUCUGAAUGCAUCAUGUAUAAACACACAAGGAAGUUAUUACUGCAUCUGUAACGCUGGCUAUGCACUGAAAUCUGGAAAAUCUAGCUUUUCUGGGCAGGAGGAGCAAUGUGAAGACAUAUGUAAGAUUGAUGACACAAUUUGUGGAAAUGGAUCCUGCCUCCAUGAAGCCAGUGGCCAUUACUGUGCAUGCUCUGCAGGGUUUACUAACUAUGGCAACAAAAUGGGCCGUUGUACUGAGCUUCACUGUGGUGUUCUCAAGGAUGUGAACAAUCUUACAGAGAAAUUUGACAUGGUUCAAGAUGAUAUGAAGCAACUGAGUGAAAGUUGUCUGAAGCUCUCAGGAAGUGAAGAUUCAAAGGACCUCAAUGGAGAAGACUUGCUAACGAUUCUGCUCUCUAUAAUCGACCAGCUCCUGUCUGCUGGAUCUGUCAAAGACAACAGGAAAAUCUCCACAUUUCUAGACAUGGUGGAACAAGUUUUAAGAUUUGUUGGACCUUUAAUUAAAACACCAAGAACUAAAAGAUUCACCAAUCACACAGAACUGGAGCUGCUGGUACAUACUGGGUCGGCUAUACCCCAAGGAUUAAAGACUCUGUCGUCUAAACAGGCUAAAGUGGAUAUCAAGAUGGAAGAAGCUGCAGGAAAUCCCUCAUCUUAUCCUGGAUUUACAACAGUUUCGUUGCUGAGCUAUUCAAACCUGGAAGAAUCUGCCGGAGGUUUCUUUAGUGGGAUGAAAAAGAAUGAGAGCCAGAACUUUAAGAUAAACUCCAAAGUGGUGACUGUCAGUGUUAGCAAUACAGACACAAAACACCUGAACGAAAAAGUCAAUAUAACUUUACAUCACCUUGAUCAUUCAAAUCAAACCGCCCACACCUGUGUGUUUUGGGAUUCCUCUAAGGAUGGAGGUGCGUGGUCUGAUCACGGCUGCAGCGUGGUGGAGUCCAAACUAAACUACACUGUGUGUUCCUGUAACCACCUGAGCAGCUUCGCUGUGCUCAUGGCCCUCUACGACAUAGAGAACCCAUUUGAGUUGCAGCUGAUCUCCUGGAUAGGCCUAUCCCUUUCAUUAAUUUGCCUGUUCUUCUGCAUCCUGACCUUCUCAAUGAUCCGGUCUAUCAAAAGCCCAAGAACAACCAUCCACCUGCACCUCUGCAUCAGCCUCUUUAUUGCAACUCUCAUCUUUCUCGCAGGCAUCUCUCAGACACAGAACAAGGUUGGCUGUGCAGUAGUUGCAGGGAUGCUGCAUUUCUUCUACCUGGCUGCAUUCUGCUGGAUGUGUCUGGAGGGAAUCCAGCUCUUCAGGAUGGUGGUCCUGGUCUUCAACACCAACUUUAAAACCAGCUACAUGAUGGCAGGGGGCUACGGAGUUCCUGCUGCAAUUGUUGCUGUCACUGCAUUGAUCAAUAGAGAUGGAUACGGGACUAAGAAAUAUUGCUGGCUAAACUUGGAUUCGAUUUGGAGUUUCUAUGGCCCUGUCUGUGUCAUCAUUACUGUAAACGUUUUCUUCUUCCUUGUCACUGUGUGGAAGUUGGCACAGAAGUUUUCAAGUUUAAACCCUGACCUGGACAGCUUGAAUAAAAUCAAGGCAUUCACCAUUACUGCAGUGGCUCAGCUCUGUGUACUCGGCAUCACGUGGAUCUUUGGGUGUUUCCAGUUUGAAAAGGACACAAUAGCAAUGUCUUAUCUGUUCACCUUUUUUGGCAGCCUUCAAGGUGUCAUGCUCUUUGUCAUGCACUGUCUAUUUUCCAAACAGGUGAGGGAGGAGUAUGAAAACAUUCUUUCUCAACUACGUGCACCUCGGAAGAGAGCAUAUUCCGAGUACAUCUACUCAAGCAAAGCUAAUGCGUCCAGAAGUACCCAGGACACGGGAGAGUCUCACAUUUAACUGAGCGAUAUCUCUGGGAGAUCUCAGAACGUCCAUUUUUAAAAAUGAGCUCUCUGAGACAUGUGCAGUGAAGUUUGGGGCCCCUCAGGGUGGUUGGCCCAAUGCUUUUUUAACUUUGUCUUCUGCCUCCUGAAGCUCUUCUGCGCUGAUUUAGCCUAACAAUUAACUGUUAUGUUGACAAUGUGCCUUUCUCAUUUGGAAACGGUGCAGAUUUGUCUGAAGUACAGCCCCAUCGAUCGGUAAUUAGGCAUUGCUUAUCAAAAAUAAUUUCCUGCUUCUUAACAGUGACAAGACAGAUUUAAUGGUCAUCGGACCCCAGAGACAUCACUGGACAUUUGGCAGACAUGUUCCUCAGUAGGUUUUUAAAGCUAAGUUAAAAAAUCACUUGUUCACUUGGUCAUAUGUGUUUCAUUUUAUGCAUAUUGUUUUUGCUGCUUUUCUUGGAAUUGUAUUGUUAUUUUAACUCCUUGUGAUAGUUCAGCACUUUGAAUGGCUUUAUAAAUAAAGUUAUUUUUAUUGCUAUUAAUAGCUUUGGAUUAAAGUCCAGCUACAAUAUGGAUAUUAAAGCUUUGAACAUGGCUUGUUUUGACAACUCAGACUGUCCAUAAUUUCAUGGCAAUACUUUUUUUAACAGUAUUUUUGUAACUUGAUAAAUUAUGUAAUUUAUUUAGGAAAUGUACAUACAAAAACAGUAUUUUUAUAUGAAAAAUUAUAUGUUCUUUUGCUCAAAAUUACACGUUUGUAGAACUUAAUCAGGCACGUCUACUAAUGUAAGUUGCUUCAUUCAGGUACUUAUUUCAAUCAGCAAGGACAAUCCAAAAUAUACUUAUAUUGCAAGCUCUUCUUUUAAAUCUUUGAGCUUGAGAAAUACAAAUGAAA